GUAUUCAUAUCUAUUUGGGCGAUUUUUUAAUCUUGCUGAUCCACGAUGAUCAGUACUAAAACAGAGUUCAGAACCAAUUACCUGUGCGCUCAUCGUCACCUCAAGGCCAUCGCCCUAUCUGAUUCAGUCCAGGAGCAUAUAAGUGGCGUUACAUGCACACCGCCCCACACCAGCAGAUUAGCUCCACUCAGGAUUUGCUUCGUGCAGCGGCCGAGUUUCGUCAGUGGGUCGAAACCACUGCACCCGGUGCGACAGUAUUCUUAUGUGGCGGACUUGCUCUCUCGCUGUAUGGGAACCCUAGGCAGACUCAGGAUGCAGACUUGGCAAUUGAUCUUUCCCGGACCCGUAGGGCUAACGGCCGUGCGUUCGACACUAAUGCACUGAAGCAAAUCGCUGGGGAAUCCCCUUUCUUUUCAGUAGGACCUAAAGUAUACUGGAUCUUAAAUGCCAACACACCCUCACAGAAACUCAUCCAAGUCGAUUUCGUCGAUGCGCAGUUGUUUUGGCAUCCGUUCAGCUCCACACAGAUGAUCGGCGGCAUUCCAGGCCUGCCCGUCCCCGUCAUGAAUCUUCCUACGCUGCUCGUCGGAAAGAUGAAAAGCGCCCUUGAGCGAAGCCAGACUGAUCGGGUAGAACGCAUCACAAAGGUGGCAAACGACGUAAAUGAUUUCCUCUUUGCGUUAGGAAAGUGUACCCAACAGCGACUCAUUCUGACCACCCUUCAUAUCCAACACUUGGGCGCAUCCGAGCAGGCUGCGUUCGAGGUGAUGAAAGCCUUCUUCCAGUUGAAGGCGUCGUUACAGCAGCCUCGAUGGUCGGAGACUACGUUUGCGUCCAACUACCAGUCCCAGUGGGUGCAGCUUAUAACGCGCAGUCAGUUGCCCGAGUUAUUCAGUACGGCGUGCAAUUAUUGAGGAGAGGACCAAUUGGAUACCAAAUGUACGAUGAUAAGAAUGGUCAUAUGAAUGUAGUAAAUAACGUCGUGGAAGCGUUCGGAUAGUAAUUGUACACAAAUAGCUCUCCACUUCAGACUAUGUUUCGUAGAACAUUUCAUUCAUCACGGUUGUCUUUGCCCAGGAUAAGAUCUUCCCACUCUAAUCUGACUUCAUUUUGCAGCGAUUCGAAUGUCUCUGGACUCCAAUCUCCGCCAAUAUACACCUUUUCCCACA